AUGAAAGCGCACACUGUCGCAUCAGGGACGGCGGCUGAUACAGUCGUGCCAUCGUAUGUACUGUACAGUCCACAGGGCUCGAAACCGCUUGCUGCUUUGGAUAUAGUGGGUGGAAGUGCCACUUGUUCCUAUGACAAAACUACAAGGUCACAACUACUUCGAAUAUCGCCGUCUUCUCACGUCUCCUUCUUGGCGACAACCGCGUCCCGCUCAAGGGGUGGCCACGGUAGUGCGGGGAUAAAGAGUGGGGGUCAUGGCUCGGCACUGGCGUCUCAACGUGUGAUUAUACUUCAGUUAUUCUGCGAGGAACCCACGCGCGUCGGUUUCACUCUAACGAUCGAGUUGCUUCUUCAGGACAGGAUGGGGAGGCGACGUAUAAUAUUUAGUAACAGCUUUCAGAAGCUGCAGCGCUGCGCGCAGCACGUUAAGGUUCCUCUGAAGUGUGCCACUCCUCGUGUGUGGUCCAACAUUGUGUUCGACGUCCCCCGAAUACAUGCUGCUCUUUAUGGGGACUCGGGCGGUCGUGUCUCGCCCCCCGAACUUUUUCAGUCUCGUAAGCUGCUCCAGUUCACGCUAACCUGCAGCAGCGUUUGUCGUGUCCGCCGUCUGUUGGGUAUGCCACAAACGCCCCCAAUAGAUCAGGAUGGCGUUGUAGAGGAUGUGCUCGCAGCAGAAUGGCCACUCUCUCUCCGACUUCCGGAGGAGGUGCCGGUCAAUUGGCGGAUCAUCCGUACAUGUGAGGAGGACUUCUUGGUUGAGCCACAACCGGAGCCUCAGCAGUUACCUUCGCAGGGGAUUGGGUGUGCAUCGACAGGGGGCACAGAGGAGCUACCUUACUGCCCAUUUGAGGCGUUCGAACAACUCGCUUCACCUGCCCCAAUUAAGAAUGGCAGCAGUGGCUCUCCACCGCUUUGCCCCCCGCGCACGCAGCCGUCCGUUGCAGCAUCUGUAGCUCAAACCUCAUCACCUUUAGCCGUUCUUUCUGCGAAAGACUCUGUAACAAGAGUUGCCAAGCAGCGACACCCUGGCACGUCCCUUCGUGUGGAUGGUCACCGUUUUAGUGGGGGAGGACCAUCUACACAUGCGGAUGAUCCUCGCCACUUUCCCUUCGCGGAAGUUAAUUUUGAUGGGGAUCGGCGGACCCGAGAGCAGCUUGCACAUUCUAACUUUUCCUCCGUACCGCGAGCCGGGGGGAACGUGCACGUUGUCGCAGAGCAGGGGCUGGUGGUAGGCUCUCGGUCUCUCCCGUUGGAGAGGAGAGCCCAAGUGCAGACAGGCGGGUUGAAAGCCACAAAGGUAUCGCAGCCUUUACAUUUGUCGAGUGCCAUAGAAAAUGUGGAAAGUACCCCUCAAAACCUGUUCAGCGCUUCUGAAGGACAGAAUUCACUCAACUUGAUGAGGGAACGCGUCAGACGCAUUCAGGAACUAAUUGGUGAGAGCAUAGUUUAUCCUGACCGGAGUUAUGGUUCAAACAGCGCGCUCAGCCGGGGCGAAACUGCUAGCGUGCCGCGAAUAGACGAUGAUGGGCUGGGGAAUGAAGUUCAAAAUGAGGUACCUCAUUCUUAUUCCUCCACUGAGCAGAUGACUUCCACGGUAGCGAGUUUCAACCACGGCGUGCAACAGCGUCUACCCUGUUCGCAACGGUCGCAAUCGAAAAGGGCCACAUCUGGCAGUGGCGUUGCCGCGGAUCCUGUUUACUCGACCGACGCCAGGGAGGUAAGAGGCGGGGGUAAAAAUUGCAACAACUGUGCUAGCCCCACCUGUGAUGAAACCGAUGAGGACGAGCGUUUUACCGUGAACAUCAUUCGCAUGUCGUCUUCCCGUGAUCAUCCAGCGAUCGUUGUCCCGGCGGAGAACACACCUGAACUUGACGCAAAGCCCCCCAUGGCACCACGCAGCAGCGUUCACAACGUAGACCGACUGUGUUUUGAUUCCUUCGACGCUGGUGGUUCAUUAUCUCCGCUACCUGAGGUGGGGGAACAGGGUCCAACGCUGGAGUGGAACGACCUUGGGGCCACACCGCAAGCGGAGAAGGAUACGCCUAUGGUUUCGUCUUCUCUUCUAACAACACCAGUGGAGGAGAGAUCGGGGCGAAAUGAGGGCAGAGUAGUAAUCAGGGCCGGGCGACUUGGUGGGCAUGCCGCGUUUGCACCGACGGGGGUGCCUCAAUCGACAUUCGCGACAAAUGAUGCUAUCGAAGGACCGUUAACGCAGACACCGACGCAAUCGUUGGAUCAUUCGGUCGUUACUUUCCACAGCUCCCAGCGAUACAACUCUGCUUUAGGAACGGCAACGACCACUGUUACACCGCUUCAUUCACAGCGGUGUGGUUGCAGUGUGGAUGAAGAGAGCAGCUUGAGUGCAGUAGAUUAUAGAAGAACUCCCGCAUCCGGUGGCACCGGCUUUGAUCCAAACCGCCGGUUCAUGGUCCUUGACAGCGGGCGCGGGGGCCUCGGCGACUGUGAGAACACUGCUCGCAGAAAUAGUUGCAGUAACUUCAUACCAAGGGGCCGGGAGGACUUAGUAUCGCGUUGUGCCUCACUUCCCCCUCUCUCGCCAACCCCGUCAGCGCACUCCCGACAUCAACAACAGACACCUUUUCCUACAUCGUCAGGCCGCAGCACGAUGCGACGGCCCGUUCGUAAUGGGGUCCCCAAUGCCGUCGCGGCGGAGCGAGCAACACGGGAGACUGAAGUGCGUGACUCUGGGGGACCGUUUGCAUCUUCUGGUUAUGUGUCCGCUGUCCACCCCACAGCAGUGACAAGUUGCGGUAAUGGCUCAAAGCACCGACAAGGAGCGCCCGCGGAGAAGGUUGAUGAAUACCUUGUGUUUGACCCGAUUCUGAAGUGUUACUUGGACAUUCGGUCUAACACAUACAUGACAGGUCCCACCCAAAUGCCGAUUUAG